AUGUCAAUGCAGAUUCCGCAACCACCAGGCGUGCCUCUGCUGGGCAAUAUUUUUGACGUGAAUCCGAAUAACACCUGGGACUCGCUCAACAAGCUGGCAGCCAAAUGGGCUCCCAUCUUCAAGAUCAAGGCGCUCGGCACCCAGAUCGUUUUCAUCGGCAAUGUGACUCUGUUGGAGGAAGUGUGCGAUGAGCGGCGGUUCCGCAAGUGCGUGACAGGCCCGAUUGUCGAGAUCCGGUACGCGGUGCACGACAGCCUCUUCACAGCGUACGACAACGAGGCCAGCUGGGGCAUUGCGCACCGUAUCAUGGCGCCGUUACUCACCGAACAGGCCAACGAGAUGGUCUUCGACAGUCUGAUUGACACCAUGUCGGAGCUUGUGCGGAAAUGGACCUCAGGCGCCGACAAGCGUGUCUCCGUGACCAACGACCUCGAUCGACUCAACGUCGAGUCGUGCCUGGCCUGUUUCUUCGACCAGCGGAGGCACUCGCUCGAGGGACCCAACCCGCCCAUGAUCCCCGCCAUGGAGGGAGCCACGACAGAGGCUAUGAAGCGGCCCAAUCGCCCGCGCAUCCUCAACUGGCUACUCCAGCGGCGGUUCGUCUCGGACACCAAAACGAUGCGUGAUUUCGCCGCAGAGAUUGUUGCGUACCGCGUCGGGAACCCGACGGAGAAGAAGGACAUGCUGCACGCUCUGCUGCACGGGACAGAUCCUCAGACGGGCGCGUCUCUGACGGAGUCGCAGGUGAUCGACGAGAUCAUCAGCAUCUUCAUUGGGAGCGCGACGGCGCCCAACCUGAUCUCUUACGCGCUGUACUACCUGCUCAAGAAUCCCGAGGAGUUCGCCAAGGGCCGCGCCGAGAUUGACAGGGUUGUGGCCCCCGGCGAGCGAUUGACGUACGCCCAUCUCUCCCAGCUUCCCUACUGCGAAGCGAUCGUGCGCGAGACGCUGCGUCUGUCCUCCACCGCCCCAGGGUUCAACCUGGAACCCAUCCCGUCGGAGUCAAAGGCCCCCGUCUUGCUCGCGGGGGGCACGUACGAGAUCCCGCACGACCAGGUGAUGGUCGUCGUCCUGUCCGCCGUCAAUCGCGACCCAGAGUACUUCCCGGAGCCGGAGGCCUUCCGCCCAGAACGAAUGGUGGGUGAGAACUAUGAGCGACUGCCUUCGGCGUGCAGGAAGGGGUUUGGGAACGGGAAACGCGAGUGUAUCGGUAAAAGAUACGCGUGGCAGUGGUCACUGGUGACGCUGGUGACCAUCCUACGCUGCGUGGACAUUGAGCUGGCCGACUCGGCGUACCAACUGCACAUCAACGGGGCGUUUAGCAUCAAGCCACUGGAUUUUUAUGCUCUAGUCAAUCCUAGAAAGUGA